AUGGCCUAUGCUCAUCCCGGAUGCACCAGCUCAUCCCGGAUGCACCAGGACAGGCCGUCUCAUGUGGAGCUCUUCCCUCAAGACCAAGCCCGCUUAGACUACAUUCACCGUCAGGCAUCCCACGCCACCGCCCGCCUAAACCCUAUUGGCGACUCUCUUUUAGCAAGAGUUCCGACAAUCAUUGAUUGUAAUAUUAGUUUUUAUAGCUAUAUCAUAGAAAUAGGCCUAGGCACUCCUACCAAGUUCUUCUUUUUGACAUUUGACACGGGUACUGAUCUCACUUGGACCCAAUGUGAACCCUGCGUUAAUUGUCAUACCCAAAAAAACCCAUUUUACGACCCAACCAAGUCAUUCACCUUCACCAACAUCCCAUGCGACUCUAGUUAUUGUACCCAACUUGACAAAUUUGGUUGCUCCUCUAACUUCUCUUGCCUCUAUGAGGAAGAAUAUUAUGACAAUUCUAUUACUAACGGCUCCCUCAUUGAAGAUGUCUUGUACUUUAAUAAUGAUAUUAUUUAUAACUUUGUCUUUGGUUGUGGACAUAACAACACAGGAGUUUUUGACCAUGAAGAUGGGUUAUUAGGCCUUGGUCGUGGGCCAAUUUCAAUUAUUAACCAAACAUCUCAAUUGUAUAAUGAAAUAUUCUCAUAUUGUCUACCAUCAGGGCCAAAUAAAGCUGGAUAUCUCGAACUAGGUAGAUCAGUCCUUGGUGUGAAGUAUACACCUAUGCUAACCAAGCCAGAAUUGCCAUCCUUCUACUUCCUCAAUCUCACUGCCAUUUCAGUUGAUGGUGAAAGGCUCACCCUUCCACCUACUAUAUUCAGCGAACCUGGAACUAUGUUGGACUCUGGCACAACAUUUAGCUACCUUCCACCCACGGCAUACUCCGCCCUUCGCAGUAUUUUUCAAAAAAAAAUGAGCAAUUACCCGAUGGCGCCACCAAUAUCAAAUCUUGACACAUGCUAUAACUUCACUAACUACCCAACAGUGUUGUUACCAAGUAUUUCAUUGAUCUACGAUGGCGAAGUGAUGACAAACUUACAUUCAACAGGGAGAAUUUUAAUGUUCAGUGAAUUUAUAGGGUGCUUACCCUUCGUUGAAAAUGAGGAUGAUAGUGAAGUUGUGAUCAUUGGUAAUAUGCAGUACCUCACGUUCAAUGUAGUCUAUGAUGUUGGGAACUCACAAAUUGGUUUUGGGCCUAAUGGUUGUAGCUAG